AUGCAGGAUGCCCGUGUGUCAUCUAGCCAGCGACCGAUUGCAUGGACCUCGGGACUCUCCAUUAUUUCCGCUUUACUCAAUAUGUGGCCGAGCAUCUCACACGUUAUUUUUGACGUGGAUGGUCUACUCUUGGACACGGAGUCACUUUAUUCGGCAAUAUCAAAUGAGAUCCUAGAAGAAUAUGGCCUAAAAAUGACUUACGAUACAAAACGGAAGAUCAUGGGAAGGAAGCCACUGGAGGCCGCUUCUGUCCUUGUGAAUGAGCUAUCUGCUCCCUUCACUGCAUUUGAGUGGAUAUCCAUGUUUAAAGCAAGACUUACUCUGGACAAAUGGCACUUAGUUCCCCCUUUACCCGGGGCCGAGAAAUUGGUUCUUCAUUUGGCCAAACACGACGUACCGAUUGCAGUAGCCACGGGCUGCCGUUCGGACGAACUUCGUCACAAGAUGAGAAAUCAUCAAACUUUGUGGAAACAUAUCAGCGUCGCCGUUGCAUCCGGCGAUGACCCCAUG